CACAGGAGGCGAGAGGGCUCUUAUGCUUGAAUCCCACAGGCAACUACUACUGUGAGAACAGGAUGCUGGACUAGAUGGCCCGUUGACCUGAUCCAGCACGCUCUUCUUACGCUCUCUCCCCACCUGCGAUUCCCAGCAACUAAUUCAGAGGCAUUUUGAGAAUUCAGGACGGGAUGGGGCUAUGAGCUGGAGGAAACCUGUCCUGGGCUGGGUGGUUGCUCUGCAGCAGCCGAGUCAGGCAGGUCCCGAUUCCCCUCCCUCUCUGCUCUGCCCCGCACUGAAAGGUCGCCAGAGGGGGUGGGCAGCGGGAGCAGCCUCGCAGCCCUGGUAGUCAGAAGCGCAGCGCCCCCUGUCGGAAAGGUUGGCGUAGAGACGGCUUCUGCGCAUGUUCAGAGUGCUUUUUCUUCCCUAAACCCGGCACGCCUUCCCUUCCCAGCCCGCCGACGGGGAGGAAUCCAACUGGAGCCGCAUCCUCCCGCCUGGGAAAAGCUUCGCCGGCCGCAUUUCCGCCUGCCGGGCCGUUGUACUAACAAGACUGAGGAAGAGGUGGCGACCUGAGGGUGGGGGCGGGCGAGGAUUUGGCAAGUGAGCGGGAGGGAGGUGGGAAGGAACGGAGGGCGCUCCGGGCAACAGAAAGGGGCAGAGGCGACGGAGGAGGCGGGAGCUCCAGGGAGAGACGGAGCCUGAGACGGAGCCGUCGGAGAAGACGCAGGAAGGCGUCCGCGGGACCAGCGGGAGCACCUGCCGCCAAGCAGGCGGAGAGGCAAGUGAGGGAUGGGCGGGUCGCUCCUUCCAGUAACCCCUCCGAGCCGAGUGGGGGGAAAGGGAAUCAAACUGUCCGGGGACUCCGUCGAACCGGAGGGCUGCCUCUUCCGCCGGCUCCCCUAAGCAAUCAUCUCCGGUAGGGGGGGGCGCCCCUGAUCCCACCUAAGGGAUCGAGAACAGGAGGAAUCCCUAGCAGAGCGGGAAGGGUCGCCUUCGAUGAAGACAGAAGGGGCCCCAUGGCUCAAGUUCAUACGACUCUUGCUUAUUGGAGUCCGGAACGUUCCCUCUUCCAAGAGGUCUGAAAGCUGCCUCCCUACAUCCCAAAAAAAACCCCUCCCCUUUACCUGCGAUGAUUAUAGGAUGUAAAUCUCUCUUCCCCCCCCCUUAAAACUUGAGAGAACCUCCCUAGGUUAAGAAAGGGGUUAACUUCAUUCCCAGGGGGCGAGCAAGUGCUUCACCCAUCUGGGCUUCUGCUGCUGCUUCCCCUCUCGUCUUCUGAAGCUCUCCAGCCUUCAAUUGGCAGGGAGUUCCAGUGGCAGAGCACUACAGGUGUAGAAAAUCCAUGGCGGUGAAUGACGCUAUCCGUGGCUACCAGCCGCGGUGUCUGUGCUGCGCUCAGGCUCUGUUUGUGGGCCUCCCAGAAGAGGGUGAGAACAAAAUGCUGGACUAGGUUACCCUACCCCGUGUCCUUUGAUCGUCGGGCUCCUCCAAUGCUCUCUUGACCGCAAUUUAUUUUAACUGAUUUAAUACUGUACAGUACAGUGGUACCUUGGGUUACAGACGCUUCAGGUUACAGACUCCGCUAACCCAGAAAUAUUACUUCGGGUUAAGAACUUUGCUUCAGGAUGAGAACAGAAAUCGGGCUCCGGCAGCGCAGCGGCAGCAGGAAGCCCCAUUAGCUAAAGUGGUGCUUCAGGUUAAGAACAGUUUCAGGUUAAGAACGGACGUCCGGAACGAAUUAAGUACUUAACCUGAGGUACCACUGUAAUGGCAUUUUUAGAUUGUUGUAACUCCUCUGGAGACCUCCGUGUUGAAAGGGGGGGGGAUAGUAAUCUAUUGGCCACACUGAGGCUGUUUUCUGGCUCAGGGUUAGCUAAACUGGGAGAAUAAUGACACACACACACACACACACACACACACACGCAAACGCAAUUGGGAGCAGGGAUGCACAGUUUUGCCUAAACCUGCUCCACUCCUCUCUGCCAGGGCCAGAUUUGGCUGCCCGCUGCCACUCCCCAAGAAUCAGAAUUGUGCAAGACUGAAACCACCAGCUUUUUGACAAGUGCAGCUCAUUUACAUCGUGGAAAACGUGUGUUUGGCAUGUGCACAAUGUUCUGCUGUUAUAUGGGAAAGUGUGUCAUGUGUGAAGUGACCCUGGGAGGGGGGUAAGGCUUUGGAGCAGAUCAUGCUGGCUGUGGGGAGGAGGGGGCGGCAGCAGCACACAGGAAGGAUAGCUCAGUUGUUAGAGCAUGAGACUCUUAAUCUCAGGGUUGUGGGUUCGAAACCCAUGUUAGGCAAAAAAGUUUCCUGCAUUGCAGGGGGUUGGACUAGAUGAGCCUUGUGGUCCCUUCCAACUCUGCGAUUCUAUAUGGGAGCAACAUUGAAGGUCAGAGUCACCAAAGUGCACUGCCCUUCCCUAGUUCCAGCUAAAGACCAAAUCCUUUCUUUUUUUUUUAAUUAUUGGGAAAGGCUCCUUUGAAGAUUAACCUUGACCCUUCCCCAACCUGGUGCCCUCCAGAAGUUUGGGGCUACAACUCUCACCAGCCUCUGUGCCCUGCAGCUAUGCUGCCUGGGGCUGAUGGGAGGUGCCACCCAAAAUAUCCGGAAGGCAUCAAGUUUGGGGAAGGGUGGUUUAAGCCAAGCUGAUCGCCUGCAAACGAAACACUUCUUUAUGCAUUGCAUAGUUAAUCUUUGGAACUCCCUCCCACAGGAGGCAGGGAUGACCACCGAUUUGGAUGGGUUUAAAAGAGGAUUCAGCAAAUUUAUAUCAAGGGCUACUAGCCAUGAUAGCUAUUCUCUGCCCCCAAAGUUGGAGGCAGCCCGGCUUCUCAAAACCAGUUGCUGCAAACCACAGGAAGGUAGAGAGUGCUCUGGGGCUGAAGUCCUGCUUGUGGGUGUCUUAUAAUAGACAUCUGCUUGGCCACUUUUAGAACAAGAUGUUGAACUAGAUGAACCAUUGGCCUGAUCCAGAAGACUCUUCUAACGUUCUUAUGAAGCAGGUAUCAAUCAAUAAUAAUAUAAAAAACCCAGUUAUUGCUAGAAAUACUCAAAUAACUCCUGCCACCGUUUGCUUGAAUAAGUCCCUAAGCCAAGAGCUGGAGGCAUCCUUAACCGGCCUAUCAAAGAUCUCUGCUUAUUUAAAUGGUGGUUAUUCCAGUUUCCAAACGAGGAGUCAAAGUUCAAGAAGCUCAGUGAGUGAUCUCAGGUGGUUCAAACUAUUUGUUCUUCCCAACCUGAAGGCUUUGGGCUCUGAGCCACGGGCAGCCUGAAUGAUGGAGGGAGGACCUUGCGCUGUCUGGGUGCCAAGAGUCUUGGACUCCCAGAGUCCAGUUUCUGCCUGUUUUAAGUGAGCAACUUUGCUGUGCUCAUAAAAGUCCUUCUCUUCUGCCUUGUUGCUCAACUUCCCUGUCAAAGACCAGCUCUUGCAACCCCGUUUCUGCAUGCUAGAAACAGCAUCCAAAGAGCAACACAGAGCUCUGUUUCCCCAAAUGUGUCCCAUUUGCCAUGCUAGCCAGAAAACAUCCUCGGUGCUCUGCCAGGUGAAGUGUGUGUCCUGCUGAGCUUGAUGACAGGCCAGGUUGUUGUGGGUGGCAGAGUUUUUUCCCCAGCAUCAGGGAUGCCAAUCCAGUGCUCCCAGCUGACGCUCACAAGCCACACCUUAGUUUCAACAGCUGAGUGAGCAGCACAGGUGGAACAGCUGCUGGAGGGAGGGCUUCAAAAACCCCAGGAGAUGUUCACCUGUCUCCCACAGCCUUGUACUGCAUCAGACCAUUGGGUCCUUCUAGCUCAGUACUGUCCACACCGACGGGCAGCAGUGGUUCUCUAGGGUUUCAGGCAGGUGUCUCACCCAACCUGACCUGGGGACUGAACCUGGGACAUUUUGUUUGCAUUUCCUUUAGCUCUCAGUCACACAGUCAGGCCUGCUGCUGCUGCCUCCUUGGGCCCAUCUAGCUUCCUUGCCUACCUGGAGCUUUUCCUGCAGUCUCUUGCUCCUCUGUUGCCCUACACUCCCAUUUUGCAUUUCUUCUGGGGGAUCUUCAUGGACCCUCUGCUGUGUCAAGAAAUCGGAGCAGCAAGUACGAGCUCUGAUGGCAUCUGUGAGAGUAGUUCAGUCCGUAGAGCAAGAGACUCUUAAUCUCAUGCUUAAUUUGCCCCACGUUGGGCAAAAUAUUCCUGCAUUGCAGGGGGUAGGACUAUCGGGGUCAGCAAACCUUUUCAGCAGGGGGCUGGUCCACCGUCCCUCAGACCUUGUGGGUGGCUGGACUAUAUUGGGGGGGGGGGGAUGAAUGAAUUCCUAUGCCCCACAAAUAACCCAGAGAUGCAUUUUAAAUAAAAGGACACAUUCUACUCAUGUAAAAACACGCUGAUUCCCAGACCAUCUGCGGGCCGGAUUUAGAAGGCGAUUGGGCCGGAUCUGGCCCCUGGGCCUUAGCUUGCCUACCCCUGGACUAGAUCAGUGGUGUCCAAACUUUUUUCAAAGAGGGCCAGAUUUGAUGAAGUGAAGGGCCAUGAGGGCCCACCAAAGUUGUUAACCAUUUUUUAGGGUCGAAAUUGUUGAGGUUUUUUAGGACUUUAUCCCAGGAAAUAAACUGCCACAGGGGCCAGAUUAAACUAACCAGUGGGCCGGAUUAAGCCCCCAAAAUGGACUUUGAACAUGCCUGGGUGGUCCCUUCCAACUCUACAAUUCUGUGAUUCUAUGUAGAUUCAAGCAUUUGUUUUCAUCCCCCUGCCCCAUGAGAUGCUUCUUACCUGUAUUGAGAAAGACUGCAGGGAGGAUCCAUUUACCCCCCUACAAUCGCAAAGCUUAACCCAAAUUUUAAAAUCUGUGUGCAUCCUUUCAGACUUUGAGAUCUUCAAAUGUUGAGAGGAGAUUCUGAGGGAUGAGUUUUAAACUUGCUGCACUUUCAAGGCAAUUGUGCCUCCUGUCUCUGCAUGGUGUAGGCUAAAAACACAGAAAACUGCUAAACAAUUUGUUUUAAAGACAUCCCUCUGCCUUGAAAGCCUGAGAAGAGUCUUGUGGCACCUUAAAGGCUAACAAAUUCACAAUGGGAAGAGCUUUUGUGGAGUACAUGCCACUGUGUCAGGUGUAUUAAAUCAGAUACAGUGGUACCUCAGGUUACAUAUGCUUCAGGUUACAUACGCUUCAGGUUACAGACUCCGCUAACCCAGAAAUAUUACCUCAGGUUAAGAACUUUGCUUCAGGUUGAGAACAGUAAUCAUGUUCCGGCGGUGCGGCAGCAGCAGGAGGCCCCAUUAACUAAAGUGGUGCUUCAGGUUAAGAACAGUUUCAGGUUAAGUACAGACCUCCGGAACAAAUUAAGUACUUAACCCGAGGUACCACUGUAUUGAGUUGCAGGUAUAUAGUCACAUAGGUGGGGGUUUUUGGAGGGAAGGGGCAUUGUGAACAGCGAAGUCAGAAGGAAAUGAAUGCAGAAAGGGACAGGUGGUGAUAAUGACAUUUUUAACAAUGGUCAUUUAUAAUCUGCCUCUUUCCCUUUUGCAGGAGACAAAGGGGACACCCCCUUUUGUACAUGUGUAACCCAAGGCUUAUUCUGCUCCUGAAAACAGCCAUUGCUGCCAACGCCUGAGAAAUUCUGCCACAGGAAGGAGCUACUGGUUGAAGCUCCCUUAGCUCUGCCUGGGACUUGAGUGGGUCUUGGAAGGCACUCACCUCCCGUUGGCGAAUGGAGGACAGCGCCCUCUGCCCAUUUCACUCCCCCUGUGGCAUCUUUUGAGCCAACGCCGUCCUAGAUCACUAUGGAUCCACCAGCAAUUACUGGAGAAGACAGAAGCUCACCAGGUAAGGCACAGGGAGGCUGCGCCUAGAAAGAUCAACUGGGUGGAUGUAGCUCAGUUUGCAGACAGGCUUGAUGCAGUCGUAUCCUGCAUGGCGAAAUGGGUGGUGGUGAAAAACCAGGACAGGUCCUAAGAUGACUCUCUCUGAUCCGUUUCUCCUCUGGCAGUUAUGCCUUCCAGGCUCCCUCCUCGCAUGGAGUGAUCCUGGAUGCAAGACUCCCACCAGUGGCGUGUAGAUGCAAAUUAGGAACAUAGGAAGCUGCCAUACUGUCAGGCCAUUGUUCUAGCUGAGUAUUGUCCACACUGACUGGCAGCUGCACUCCAGAAUUUCAGGCAAGAGUCACUCCCAACUCUAGCAGGAGAUGCCAUCAGGAACUGAACCUGGGACCUUCUGCUUGCAAGGCAGAUAACUCUGCCACUGAGCUAUGUCCCCUCCCCAAAUUCUGAGUUCCAGGUGCGCUACAGCACAGGUUCCCUUCUAAGCCUAUCCAACAAAAAGGUGCUUUUGGCCUGGGCAGACACAGUGGCUUGAACGCCCAAUUCUUUCAUCCCUUCCACUUUGAUUAACUUCCAGCCUGUGGAAGAGAUCUGAUGGACUCAAAAGCUUGCUCAGUUAUUCUGCAGCAUUUCUGUUGGUCCUAAGAAAGCGGCUUUGGGAUUUUCUCAAAAUAGAAGGUACACUUGAACCCUUGGCUGUGCAUGCUGAUGGAAUUGAUUCCCCCUGCCCCUGCUUAGCUUCUAUGAGUGGGGACCUCUCUCUGAGAACAGCUUCUGACUUGUUUGGCAUGUAGAGGAUUGGCUGUGAUCUGGGAGAAGAUGUGGAUGUCCCUGCCAUGGAAUUAUUGGUGAGGCUUUGGCCCUUCUCCACUCCACCACUGGAUCUUGCCAGAUGUCCUCCUCUUCCUUCCUGUCCAUUCACCCUGAGGUCUCCUGGGGAAGGGAUGGAGGUGGGCCCUUUGCCACCCAAGGGCCUGCAAGAAUGGGGGAGCCUCCUGGUCUGCCAGCCCCCCCCCAAGCUCCUUGGCUACUGAUAUCUGCCAAGGACUCAAAAAAUGCCAGUCCCAGCUCUGCCAAAGGAGCAAAUCAGGGCUGGGAUGGUCUUACAGUAGUGCUGUAGACCCAGCUGAAUGGGCUUCCUUCCAGCAGCGGAGCAUAUAUCUGCGCUGCCCAGGGUGGGCGCACUCCCAAGGGGGGCAUGGUGUGGAGGGUGCCCUCCCAGGAUAGCUGCUUGGGUGUCUGGAGCGGCGUGCAGCCGGAGGCAGAGCAAGCAGCCCACGGGAGCGGAGCACGCCACCCAUGGCAGACAUUCAGCGCACUGCCCGCCUUCAACUCCCAAGCCUCCCCCAAGCUGUCAAAACAAAGUGGGAAAGAGGGAAUGCUGCUGACAGAAUGGCACAGCUCCCCCACUAACCCCACGGCUCAGGGUAGGCUUGGGAGUCGUGGGCAAGUGGCGCAACUCCCAAGGAUAGAAAACAGAGGAGGAUGGAAAGAAAUUGCUGAAAUAAUUAAUAGAAGUGGAAUACAAAAAGGGAGGUGUGAGGAGGUCGUGGAAAUAAGUGAAUGAAAGAUGGGAUAAUGAAAUUGAUUGAUUUAUUUUAUUGUCUUAGUCUUGUUUUGUUAAUUUGAUGUGUUGUAUUGUAUUGUUUUUUUCCUCUUUCUUUUUUUUUCUUUUAGUGUUUUUGGAAAAAUAAUAAAUGAUAUUAAAAAUAAGAGUGGCGCGCCGAAUGUCACCUCCUCGGUGAGGGCACACAGGACGGUCUGCCCCCACCCCCCCACCCCUUCCUAUGGCCCUGCUUCCUUCUCCUGCAGUCAUCUCUCUUUCCACAUCAGGGAGAUGGAUGAGGCGGAACUUGUCCUCAAUUUUUCCACUUCUGGCUUUUGAAAAUGUGUAGUGCCUCUAUACAAGUCUUCCUAGACUGGACGAGAGCCGUAGCUACACACACACACACACACACUGCUGUUUGCACAAAGAAAGAAGCCUAAAGAUUCGUCCUGCUGGGUCAGAGUUUGCCAAACACAUGCAACGACAGCUGACUUUGCAGGUGCUCCUCACAAAAGCAAAACUGCGGCCAAUUGUAGUACAGAUUCUGCAUGCCCGGCAAAUGUUUCCUUUGCCUGGUCACAGCGCAUUGCUUCUGGCUUCCGCCACUGGCUCCCUGCCACUCAGCCGGCCUGCCAGCCUAGAGAUUGCAAAUGCCUCCCGAUCGGACUCUGUGCGCCGUCUGCAGACACCCGUUCCGCUCCCUGGGCCUGCAGUGCCCAUGACCAAGGUGGAGAGGCUUUUUUCCCCAGCCUCAGGGAGCAGCGGGUCUUAGCCUGGUUUGACUUUGGUGCAGUCCCUGAGAUGACAGCAUGAUUGGACGCUGCUGCCUUCUACUGAGCUGGACCUUUGGUCCAUCUAGCUCAGUAGUCUCUACAUGGAGGGCUCAUCCAGACUUCCUUUUGUGCUGCGUUUCUAGGUACGGGCCCAUGCUUUAAAGCUCCAUCUCCAAGCAGGUUUUGGGGGUUUUGGCCCUGUUGCUUUCUCUGUAAAAACCUGCUCUUUACAGCUGAAAAUAAAUCCACAUAAAUCCCAAAUUGCCAUUCAGCUUUAGAGCCUGUUUUUGUGGGGGAAAUGUCAUGGCAAACCCCCCACCCCCCAAAAUGCUCAGACAUGGACUGGGAAAGUGUGGACCAGUGCCUAGAAAUGAAAUGGGGGGGGGGAUGAAUAGUAAGCAUGGGGAAGAAAGUAAGUAUGGAUUUCAUUUCACUUUUAAUUUGUAUCCCACCUUUCUAUACGGCGGUACCUCAGUUCUCAAACACCUUGGUACUCAAACAACUUGGAACCCAAACACCGCAAACCCAGAAGUAAGUGUUCUGUUUUGCGAACUUUUUUUCGGAAGCCGAACAUGCUCCGUUUUGAGUGUUACGCUGAGGUCUGUCUGUUUUUGCUAUUUAUUUUGUGUUUUUGUUUUUGCGGCUUUUUUGUUUUGUUUUUGUGACUGUGUGGAACCCAGUUCAGCUACUGAUUGAUUGAUUGUGUGCCUGCAGUACAUUGUUUAUUGCUUUCAUUUUAUGGAUCAAUUGUCUUGUUAGAUAAUAAAAUUCAUGUUAAAUUGCCAUUUUAGGGUUUGUUUUUAAAAGUCUGGAAAGGAUUGAUCCAUUUUACAUUACUUUCUAUGGGAAAGCGCGCCUUGGUUUUGGAACGCUUUGGUUUUGGAAUGGACUUCCGGAAUGGAUUAAGUUUGAGAACCAAAGUACCACUUACUAUAAACAAUGUGAAGAAAUGACAAAAUAGACAGCAAAGAUCACACAGCUAAUAACAAUCAGAUCCAAUGCAAAAAAAGUCACAGUAACUUUAAAAUAAACAGCUUCUAUCCAAUGAAGCAAUAUUCAGCAAUCCAUUGGAAUUAUUGCCCUGACAAUGGCAGCUCUCCAGGGUUUCAGGCAGGGGGACUCUCUCUCCCAGCCCCACCUGGGGAUAGAACCUGUGCCCUUCUGCAUGCAAGGCAGAUGCUCUGCCACUGAGCUAUGGCCCUCCCCCUUUGCCUCGUGCUUCUUCAUGAGCCAGCUUGCAUUUUCUGCAUAUGCCGCCGUCAGGUUUUGCAGUGUGUGCGUUCAUGUUUGGGAAAAUUAAAGGCACCCAGGAAGUGUGCUGGUGCUUUGCCAAAGGUAACGUGGGCUCCUGGCCACCUCUCGUUAGCUACACAGCAUCCCCAUUUGCCCGCUGGGGAGAUGAGUGACUCAUCCGGGAACAAACACCCGCGCCCAGAGCGCCUGGCAUGGCAGCCUUUGCCUAGCAGAGUCUGAGUGUGUUUGCUUCAACCUGAGUUCAUUCUUCUCUAAUGGGGUUUGCGUACAGAAGAAGAAGAAGAUGGCCCCUGGGGGAGGGGAGGAAUCUCCAUCUGGCUUUAUGAAAGAGCAAUUUGGGGCAGGGCAGCGAGAGAUGAGGAUCUGCAGGAGACCAAGGCGGGAUUCAACUGAUUGAAUCAGGAGUUCAACUGCUGAUUGAAUCAGACCAAAGAUGGUCAGCGAUAUGGAAAAAAACAAGACCUCUGAGGAACAGGUGAAGAAUUGGGUGUGUUUAUCUGGGAGUUAUCUGGCCUUUUCUGUGGUGAUUCCCCAUUUGUAGAGUUCUUUCCCCAGGGAGGUUCACCUGGUGCCUUCAUUACAUAUCUUUAGGUGCCAGGCAAAAACAUUCCUCAUCUCCCAGGCCUUUGGCUAAUUAAACAUGGCCUUUUAAGCUGGAAGAGGAGGUUCGUUUUUGUUUGUUACUAUGUAUUUUUGUGUUUUUAUAUUGUAAACCACCCUGUGAUCCUCGGAUGAAGGCUUAGAUAGAUAGAUAGAUAGAUAGAUAGAUAGAUAGAUGAUAGAUAGAUAUCUGAGAAGAUGAUCAGUCCCCACCUGGAAUCUUGUGUCCAGUUCUGGGUACCAUAGUUGUAGAAAGAUAUUGACAAGCUGGAAGGUGUUCAGAGAGAGAGAGACCAAGUUAAUCAAGGGUCUGGAAAUCAACAUUCAAAAUUCACCAGAUACCAGGCACAUUUUGUAUCUGUGCUAGCAGCCACUUGCAACCAAGUGAAGAUACCUGGAUGCCAGGAUGGCGCCUGACCUCUCCACCUUCUGGAGGUGCAUUCCUGGGGAUCCUGGGAUCUUGACCCUUUUCACACACUAGCAACACAUCCUGUAGAAUUCUAUCCAUUAUAUUUUAUCUGCACAAUCGGAAUGAAUUUCAGGAGCCAAAAAAGUCUUAUUGAAAAUAUGACUUUCAAGCCAUCUGGCCCCAAAAUGGCAACUAGGCAUUCCGUUUUGGCAAAUGAAACCCUGGUUUAAAGAGCCAUUUGGUGCCUAGCUUAUAUCUCUGAGUUUCUAACACUGCUGGAAACCAAGGCCGUUGAGGAAUGGUUGAGAGAGUUUAGCCUGGAGAAGAGACUGGGAGUUGAUUUGAUAGUCAUCUUCAAAAAUCCACAUGGAAGAUGACACAAGCUUCUUUUCUGCUACUGCAGAAGGUAGGAUCAAGCCAAUGGAUUCAAAUUGCAGGAAAGGAGAUUCCAACUAAACAUUGGGAAGAACUUUAAGAUCCAAGACCUUGUUGCCUCCUGGGCUAACUAACAUAUAUCAGAAAUGGACAAGAAUGGGACCCUGUAAGAAUGAAAGUCCCCACAGCUGCUUCUCUUCACAAGGUCUUCUGUGCCCCAUCAAAGAGAACGGAGGAAGCUGACUUGCUUCCAUCUAGUGCAGUAUUGCGAGCACUGACUGGCAGCGACUCUCCAGUGUGUCCGACAGAGGACAUUCCCAGCUCCACUUGGAGAUAUUGGGAAUUCAACCUGGAAUUUUUUUGUGUGAAAAGCAAUACUCUACUUCCACUGAGCUAUGGUUCUUUCCUUUAAAAGCAACAAAAGGUUCCAGUUCUCAUUGUUCUAAAUAAAGGGCUGAUUUAAACCAGGACAUAGAAAACUGAGUGAGACCACUGGUCCAUCUAGCUCCAUAUUAUCACUUGGGAAGACAAGCGAACUAAUGCCAGUGCAAUGGAAGAAGCAAAGAUCACCAGUUUCAAAGCAAUGAUUCUUCAACAUCAACUUCGUUAGACUGGUCAUGUUGUGCGGGUGCCUGCUUAUUGUCUUCCAAAGCAACUACUCUAUUCCAAACUUAAAAAUGGAAAACGUAAUGUUGGUGGUCAACAAACUAGACUCUCUCAAGGCAAAUCUUUAAAAAUCUAGUGUAAACAUCGACAACUGGGAAACACUGGCCUGCGAGUGCUCCAAUUGGGGAACAGCCUUUACCAAAGGUGUCAUGGGCUUUGAGGAUGCUCGAACUCAUGACGAAAGGGAGAAACACGCUAAGGAAGGCACGCUUGGCAAAUCUUCACCAUGAUCCACUGGCAGAGGAAGGGGGUGCGGUUCACCCAGGUGUCAUCCCUGAGAGGAGUGACAUCGCCGCGCCACCCCCAUGGGAUGCGUCAACCCUGUGCUCGCUACCACAUCCCUAUGGGACACUCGCCACGCCACCCCCGUGGGCGGCUCGCCCCACCCCCAGGUGUAUAGCAUGUGCGCCGCUCUGGGUGCCAGAGCAGCUAGCUCCGCCUCUGCCAUGAUCAACUCCUGCCCAGAAACCUGUCUCAACUGUGGAAGGACAUGUGGAUCCAGAACUGGCCUCCACAGUCACUUACGGACUCGCUGUUAAAACCGUGUUCAUGGAAGACAAUCUUGGCUACGAGUGAUCACCAAAGAAGAAGAUCUGUGCAGCCUGGCAAUGACUCUCCAGGGUUUCUGACAAGGGACAUUCCCAUCCCUACCUGGAGAUGCCACUGAGGACAGAACCUGGGACCUUCUGCAUGCCAAGCAGGUGUCCUGCCACUGAGCCCUGCUGGCCUUGCUCAGAUUAGCUCUGGCUUCAUCUCUUAGGGCUUAUCCACAUUUUCCUUUCCUCUCUACUUUCCAGCCACGGUCUGCACUUGAAAGCUCUAUGUCUGAGUGUGUGUGUCCCCCCUUUGGUUUCCCUGCGAAAACCCACUCUUUAAAUCAGAGCAAAUGGCAGUCCAAUUCAGCUUUAAAGAGCGGGUUUCUGCAGGGAAAGCUCUGGAGCAAAACUGAAAAAGUGUGCUUAAAAUUGCAGGCCUGUGCCUGGAAAGAACAGGGCCAAAGGUCAGUGUGGAUGAGCCCUUACACCUUACAAACCGUUGUCUAAGCACUCGUUGGGUUUCUCUUUUCUCUCUCGUUUCGACAUUCCACCUUGGGAUCGACCGAUUCAGAAAUAUGCAUCCUUGGCAUGCUAGAGGAGUACAAGGCGUGCCUUUUAGGGCUCGCGAGGCCAAUGCAAACUCCGCCGCAGCCCUCCAUCGGCAGAACAAAAUGUACCGAUGGUAUCUUAAAGGCGAAAGUAUUUGAAAAACAUAACCUCUGGUCCUGCCCCUGCCAGGCAGCUCUUUCUUGCCUGGGAGGAAUCUUCCUCCUUCAGCCUCCAGGAGAGCAGAGGCUUGCUGGGGGGGCGGGGGCAGCUAUGUUCCUUGCUUCCACUGGGCAGGAGGGAGGGUCUCUAGAGACCAUGAAAGCUGCACCCCUAACAAGUCGCAGAGGAUAAGAAGGUGCCCCAAAGGGGGCUUGGAAUCAUUUGUGUCCUCCUGCAGCUUCUGAGACCUGUCACCAAACACGGGUGAAAGUAGUUGGGGGGGGGGAUAAGUGAAGGGGGUGGGGGACCCAGUCCAUUUUUCCCCCAUACCCUCCAACAUUUCUCCAUUGAAAAUAGGGACACCCUAAGGAAAAGCGGGACAUCCCAGGAUCAAAUCAGAAGCUGGGACAGCUUCUCUAAAUCAGGCACAUCCGUGGAAAAUAGGGACAUUUGCAGGGUCUGUUCUUCCUUCCUCCCCAUAACUCCACCAUGUCUGCUUUGUGCCUGAGACCAGUUCCAGGUGACCUGUUUACCGACCAUUCAUCUUGUUUCAUUGGCACAAAGUUGGCUGUUUAUCAAGCAUUCAUUUGUAGGGAGGUUGCUUUUGAGUUGCCCAUUGGGGCGUCUGGUUGGCCACUGUGAGAACAGGAUACUGUGCCAGAUGGUGGUCUGAUCCAGCAGAGCUCUUCUUCUAUCCUUUACACAAUGUCAAGCAGUUGUUAACCUACACUUUCUACUCCCUUUCCCUCUCGCCUCCCUUGCUGCAAAAAGUUUGGGAUUUGGGGGAUUGCGCAAGAGCACCCAACCCACUACUUUAACUAUGGAACCUGAAUUGGCUGGUCUACGAUUGGCUCCCCUGGAGAACAGUCUAGAAGCAGCCUGAGGAGUCCCACAGAAGUGUUGCUCUGGCUUAUGGCACCCUAACUCCCUGGCUCUUCAUCGUGAAGGCUAAAAUGGCCACCAUUUCACAGUGAAUUGGUUUUCUGUGGCAGCCAUUCCUUGGCAGGCCAUAGUCUGCUCCCCUGUACAGAUGGUGGGAAAAGAGCUUUGCCCACCUGCAUGGGUUUGCAUAGAUGGAGAAAGGAGUGGCAGAAAUAUCUCCUGGUUUCCAGAGAGCAAAUAUGAAUCAUUCUGGCAAAAUCUAAGUCCAGGGUUGACCAAAACAUUUGGUGCCUUGAGUGGAAGAUCCAAAUGGCACUUGACUUCCUCCUCGAUGACUCCAGCAGGGGGCCCAAUCCACCAGGCCUGGCACCACUGUCCGGUUUCUGUUCAUUUCAAUGAGGUUUACAGAGAACAAAUUCCUAGUAGAUUUUUCAUACCCGCCCUGCUCCGGUUCAGACCCAUCUCCAUCCCUGUCAAGGACCAUUUGUUUAUUUAGUUAUUUUUUAUAUACUGUGUUGUACUUCAAAGGAGACUCUAAGUGCUUUCUAUCAACAAAAUCAAUACCAAUAUAUUCAAUUAAAAUUCCACAUUUUAAAUGUACAGAACAAUUAGAUAUGAUGCUCUUACAAUGCAAUUGUGAAUAUCAACUAUUCACAGACCCUAUUAUCAGCCGGUGAGGUCUUGUUAGUGGUACUGCCACUGGGGGCUGCCCAGUUGGUGUUAACCCAUGACAGGGACUUUUCAGCGGUGGCACCAUGUUUAAUAGAGUGCUCUCCCUCAUUAUUGACUUUCAGAAGGAAUAUGAAAGUAUUCCUGUUUACCUAGGCAUCUGAUGGUGAAAGGACACUGUUCUUGGCAACCCUGAGAUCCCUUAAAAUGUUUUAAGUGUAACAGCUUUAGAAUGUGAUUUUUUUGAAUAUUUUAAACUGCUCUUGGAAUGCUUUUUUAAAAAAUGUUUUGUUGUGGGUAUGAUCCUGCCAGGGUUUGAAAUUAGAACAAUAUGUUAAGGAGUUUAAUAAUAAAGAGUAGAGUAUUUUGAAAAAGUAUGGUCCCAAUAUUUUUAUUGUAAACACCAAAUUAAACAUGUAUUAACAAUUUCUGUUAACAAUGUGAUAUUAACAAUGUGUCACUUAUGUGAAUUGCAUAUUAGUUCAUGAUUAUGAAAACAAUAAAUUAACAAGUGUUGCCUACCCCCCCCGCCCGCAAUGGCAACUAGACAUUCUGUUUUGGCGCCCAGUUCCCAGGAGCCAUUUGGCUCCUAGCUAUUCUAUCCCAGUUUCUAACACUAGUUCCCACCCUUGUAAAAUUCAUGCAUCAAUACAUAGUAAAAUAAUACUAUAAUACUAAUGAAACAAGCGUCAUAGGGGGAGGGGCCAUAAUAGCAGCUAGCAGGCCUCUAUCCCAUGCAAGGCAACUCUGGGUGUUGUUUUUUCAGACGGUUUUCGUUAACGGGCUCCUGUUUCCUCCAAUGACAGAGCCCAAAAUGACCCUGAAGCGGUACUUUGUGAAGGCUCUCCAUCGCCUCCAGAAGGGUCCCGGCUACACCUACAAAGAGCUGCUGGUCUGGUACUGCGAUAACACCAACACCCACGGGCCCAAGCGCAUCAUCCGCGAGGGACCCAAGAAGAAAGUCAUCUGGUUCCUACUGACCCUGCUCUUUGCCUCCCUGGUCUUCUGGAACUGGGGGUCCCUCAUCCUAACAUACCUGAGCUACGGCGUCUCCGCCUCCCUUGCCAUUGGCUUCAAGACCAUGACCUUCCCUGCCGUCACCAUCUGCAAUGCAAGCCCAUACAGGUGAGCUGCUUCAGGACAAAUGUCCUCGGACGCAUCGCAAGGUGGGCAUCCAAUAUUGCAGUCCAGCAUGGGGGGGGGGGGGGAAUCUCAGCGGUUCUCAACCUGUGGGUCCCCAGAUGUUGUUGGACUACAACUCCCAUCAUCCCUGAGCUCUGGCCUUGCUAGCUAGGGGUGAUGGGAGUUGUAGUUCAACAACAUCUGAGGACCCACAGGUUGAGAAAGGCUGCUCUAGACAGUCUAGAUCAGGAGUAUCAUCGCUUCUCUAGUUGCCAUCACCCCCCCCCCCCAGGGAUGGGGCUUGAUGAUGGGAGUCGGAGUCCAACAACCCUUGGAGGGCCACAGCUUCUACACCCUUGAUCUGGAGGUUUGUAGCUGGUCUGCCGAGUGGAAGGCAAGUAAGGCUGUGUGUGAGACAGAGGUGCAUAGUUCUGGCUCAUGUAUUGCAGGGUGUUGGAGUAGAUGACCCUGAAGGUCCCUCUCAAGUCUACAGUUCCAGGAUUCUAUAAAACUUUGUGUGCUGCAGGACAAAGUGGAGAGGGAGAACUUCCUCCCUCGUAAUACUAGAACCCAGCAGGGUCACCCAGUGAAGCUGUAUGGUGGGAGAUGGAGAAAGGACUUCUUACGGAGCAGAGUUAAACUAUGGAACUCCUUGCCACAGGAGGCAGUGAUGGGCACCAACCUAUAUGGCUUACACAGAUUAAUGGCUAUUAGUCACAACAACUAGGUUCUCCCUCAACUGUUGGAGGCUGUUAUGCCUCCAAAUCACACCGAUUUCCGGGAAUCAGAGGUGGGGAGAGGAGUGCUGCCGUGCUCAUUUCCCAUCUGUGGGCUUCCCAUCAGGUCAUCUGUCUGGCCACUGAGAAUAGAGGACCCUGGAAAAACUGACGGGAAGAGUUAGAGGAGUAUUGAACCAGAAAAUAGUUGGAGAAUGGAGAAUAUUUAAGGAUUCUAUAAGUUCAUAUUGUACCAACCACACCAUAUUAGCAGAACUUGAGUGAUACUUGAAACACAACAAAUACUGUUUGUGGAGUAGACGGGAACAAUAUUAAAGAAUAUAAAACAGUGUGGAAAAAACGACGACAGUAUGAUUGAAUGAUUGGAAGACUCAUUUUGCCAGAAGUCUUUUUUAUUUAAGUGUUUAUUUAAGUAUUAAUUAGGAAGAUUAAGGUUUUUUUAUGCACGUAAAUCUGCUUCAUCUUCUUUCUUUUUUCUGUAUUUUCUUCUUUUCUUCUUUUCUUUAAUUUUCUUUUUGUAGUAUGAGAUUGUAAAUUCUUUGUAUAUGUGUGUAAUUUAAAUUAAUAAUGAUUAUUUUUUUAAAAGAGAGAGAGAGAGAUAGUAAAGGACCCUGAACUAGAUGGACCAUUGGCCUGAUCCAGCAGGCUCUUCUUAUGUUCUAAGAUCAGUGGUCCUGCCUGGGGUGGUUUCCCAUUGGGGCAGGAUGCUGGACUAGACAAUCCCCCUCUGGCCUUAUGCAGCUGCCAGGUCCCUCUUGUUUUUAUGUGCUAAAUCAGUUUGGAUUAAGAGAUGCUGCUUGAACACCAAAGGGUGGCAGCUCCUGAAGUCUACCCACAUGGCUGCACCUGAGGAACCGUCCUCCCUUUGGCAGCAUGGCUGUAGGAUCUGCUGCUCUCACUGCUUGCAAGGGUUAUCCUCUGGAAUGCUGCAGAACAGACUUUUCAUUCUGGGGAUUCCUGUGCACAAAAACUAUCUGCCUUGGACCUUCAAAGGCAAAAGUUCACGGUCAGCGUACACACCACCAGUUGGAAAGCAGUUGGCACCCGUGUGGCAAGAGCAGGGACACCCAGGGGAAGGUGUUAUGUUUUAGGGCAGCCUUUCCCCCCAACCUGGUGCCCUCCAGGAGUUUGGGGCUACAGCUUAUACCUUCCACAGCUUGCUAUGACUGUGCUGGUUGGGCCUGAUGGGAGGUUUGGGUAACCCUGUCUCAAGGGUCAUAGGAUGGAGGAUGUUGGUAAUUUAGCUGAAAUUGGCAGCUUUUAGAGAAAGUCAGAAGUGGAAAGGAUUUCUAAAGGAGUUGGGCAUCAGAGAGGAGGAGGAGGACCCUAACUCUCAGCCAGCCACUUCCUAAGUUCCAGGAAAAAUUAUCCACAGGAUCAACUUGCUGGUGGAAAUAUCACUCUGUAAUCUAGCCUUCCCUCCCUGCCACUUUAUCCCUGACCUGAGGGUGGGAUUUCUAUAGUAGUUCCCACUAGUGGGGAGCAGGGGGGGGGGAAUUGGCAUUCAAAGGUGAACCGGCCAGAUUUCCACUUUCUGAAACAGUGUGCAGGCUGAAACACAGCCGCCCCCUGAAAUUCACAUUUCUCCCCAUUUGAAAUUUAGUUCUGCGGCCAAAUAAUGUGCAUAGAAGUGCACAUACAAGGAUAAAGUGUGUGAAUAAAUGCAAUUCAUACAGUGAAAAACUACAUAUAAAUAAUAAAUUGUUAUUGUUAUUAUUAUUAUUGUUAUUAUUAUUAUACCAGAAUGCUUAUUGGGAAAUGGCAUUGCAAAAAUGUGCCUAUGAGAAGAAAUUUGCCCCACGAUAUUGUUGCAUUUUCAUGAAAUUCACAGGCGAAUGGGGAGAACUGAACUUAGGGUUCGUUGCUUUCCAGAUAUUCCAAAGCAAAGCCCUACUUGCAGGAGUUGGACAACCUCAUUGACGCCGCCCUUGGACGAAUCCUGCAGCCUCCCAACGAGAACCUGACCGUGUCUAGCCCAACAAACUCUAGCCAGGAUCUGAACAUGCAGCUGUGGAACCAAAUCCCCCUGAUGCUCAUUGAUGAAAGCAACGUGACUCAUCCAGUCAUCUAUGACAUCCUCGGAAACCACUCCUCUUUUGCAAACCUAGAUGGCAAGAACUGCAAGCUGGCCUUAAAGCUGGUAAGGGGACCCGAUGGAGGUGGGGGGGACCAGUAGGUGGGGAGGGGAGGGGAGGGGCACCACGAGUCAUCCUGCUCUGCCCCAGGUGAAAGGGGGGAAUGCUGGGAACAUGUCACCAUGUGACAGAGAAAUUCUGCCUGCAAUGCAUAGUUGAAUAAUGGAACUCCCUCCCACAGGAGGCAGUGAUGACUACCAAUUUGGACGGCUUUAAAAGAGGGCUACAAAAAUUAAUGGAAGAAGCUAAUAGCCACGAUGGAUAUGCUCUGCCUCUAUAUUCUAUAUAUAGCAGUACCUCUGAAUACCAGUUGCUAGAAGCCACGGGAACCGCGUGUUGCUUGUGUGCUUAGUUCCUGCUUGCAGGUUUCCCAUGAGCCACAGUGGUUGGCCACUGUGAGAACCGGAUGCUGGCCUUUGGCCUGAUCCAGCCAGCUCUUCUUAUGUCCUUAUGAACCCUGGAUGUCUGAAACUGGAGGCAAAGGAGAAGAAGCUGCUGCUAUCUCUAGCCCUUCCCCAAAGCUGUUUUUGGCCCUCUUUGUUGCACCUCCAUUCGAAGGGGUGGGUCCGUCAUCUCACCUAGUCAGGUGCCUCUGAUAAAGCCACAAGCAGGCAGCAGAGGGGAGCUAAAAAAUAAUCAGGCAAUCCCUGCAGUGCUGGAUCAGGCCAAAGGGGGGUCAACCAGAAGCCCCAACAGGAAGAAUCCAUAAGCAGGCCCUGAGGGCAACAGGAGAUCCUCACCUGCAGUUCCCAGGUGCAGCAUGACCCAUAGCCAUUGCUAGCUGACUCCUCCAUUCAUCUGAAACCUCAUUAGAACCCAGGAAGCUGGACUGCUGGUCCAUUUAGCUUAGCAUCGUUUGCACUGACUGGCAGCAAUGGGUCCCCAGAGUUCCAGGCAAGACUCCUAGACCUACCUGGAGAUGAUGUCAGAGUCUGAACCUGGGACCUUCUGCAUGCCAAGCAGGUGCUGUGCCCCUGACAUAGGUCCUUUCCCCUGUGACUCCAGCUGCCCCUGAACAUGGAGGUUCCAUUUUGUGACCCUGGCUAGACCUCUUCUGCACAAACGUGCCUCCUUUUGCUUCUCUCCCUCACCGCUCUCUAAUUCUGCUCAAAGUGCACCAAUAACGGCACCAGCUGCACCUACCGGAACUUCACCAGCGCGGCCCAAGCAGUGACCGAGUGGUACGUCUUGCAGUCCACCAGCAUCUUGUCCCAGAAGACGGAGAGAGAAAGGAUUGAGAUGGGCUACAAGGCAGAGGAAAUGAUCCUGGCCUGUCUGUUUGGAGCAGAGCCUUGCAAUUACAAGUAGGUAUCCGGGGGGACCUUGCUGUGUUUUUGUUUAACUGAAAAUCUUUAAAUGAAGUGAGGUGCCAAACUUUGUACAGAUAUCAAAUGCUAUGGAACAGUGCUCAUAUAAUAAUGUAGUCACAGCAUUUGAUAUUUUCAUUUACAUACAUUCAUUCGAAAUAAGAUGAGUUAAUGAAGCAAUUCUAUAUCCUCCCACCAUGCUGACGAAGAAUUCUACAAAACAGUAGUCUAGAUCCGGAAUCACUUUUCAGUGUUGGACAUCAUAUUUGCUCAAUACACAAAGCUUCACAGCUUGUCUUUCAUUGUACAAAGUUUGGUACCUCGCUUCAUUUAAAGAUUUUCAGAGACUUUGAGACUAAAGAUUUCAUUUUGGACUUGUUAUGGUUUGAAGGAAUUCUAUAAAAGAUUGUUUAUUUCAUAUGUACAUGGUCAUCGUGUUGCCUGUACAUUGCCAACGGUCUCUUUGCAACACAGGGGUUUGUUUGAUUCUGAGCUUGAGCAGAAUGGUGGGGGCAGCUGCAUGAAAAAUCCGAUGCACAGCAGGAAAGGAGUUACCCUGAGCCCAGCUGCUGGAUCAGACCAAUGAAGCCCAGCCUGGUCCAGCAUUCUCCUAGCAAGCAGCACCUGGGAGCAACAGCUCUCCCCACCUGUGAUUCUCAACACGUGAUACUCAGAGACAUAUUGCCUCCAACAGUGGAGGCAGAACAUACCCAUCAUGGCUAGUAGCCAUUGAUAGCUGUGUCUCCUCCGUGAAUUUGUAUCGCCAGAUCUGCAGUACAAGAUGACAUGUGCAAGCUAUGAAAUGUGCGUAAGAUCUGCAGGGAGCUAUCAAUAAUUUCCAUUCCUUCCUUGGCUCAAAUUGCACCCGAAAUCCAAGGAUGGUACUGCACAGUUGAUCUACAGCAGACUCCACCAGUCUAGGGCCUUCCAGCUGAUGUGGACUAUAGCUCCCAUCAGCCCCUGCCAGUGCACCUGGGAGUUGUAGUGCAGAACAGCUGGAGGGUGCCCGGCUGGCAAAGGCUAGAGCCGUUUCCUAGUUCAGAGGAGAUGGCUGGGGGGGUGUGCGGAGGGUGGAUUUAAGGAGCUGUCCCAUCCUGCUCCACCCCACUCCCACUGCCGCCUUAGUGCUUCUUACUGGCACCAAUAGCCUGAUUUGGUUUAAUUAAAUUUCUAGCCCAGUCUCAAGGUUUCGGGUGGAUUACUGUCUGAAAAAUGACAUCCAGUGUACUGGAAUCAGAUUUUAAUAGACCUAAAAUCCUAGACCCUCAGAAGCUUAGAGGCCAGAACAAAUAAGACCAGUUUGCAGAAUCGCUGAAAGGAAUGCAAGUCUUGGUCAGCUUCCAAUGGACAAUCUGCUGCCGCCGCCCCCCCUGCCCCCGCCUUGAAAUGGACACAACUUUUGGCCCAAUAUUUCAGCUGCUGCAUGAGUCCUAUCCAGCAGGAGAAGCAAAACUCUUUUUGUUGGAUUGGCUAAUGGUAAAAAUGCUUGGCGUGUGACCUUUCAGAUUACACAGAAGCCUUUUUCAAACACAAAUGCCAGAGGAAUCAUAAUAAAAUUUAAGAGCGAUGUUCCACGUCCAGGCUGAUGUCAACCUGGUAAUGUUGCAUGGUAAUGAGAAGGAUUUCUGCUUUUGUAUACAAGGACUAAGAAUUAAUCAGCGAUCUGGUCUUGCUUGGGACACUGAAGAAGGCUUCUGUGUAGCUGCAAAGUUUGCUCGCUGCCUGCAUCUGAAAGAUGAGGAAUGGCUUGGCUUGCUCUGUAGAUGGAGGGUUUUCUUUCCCUGCUGCUGAGUCACCCGUGUCCAGUACAUUGCAGCUAAUUAUCAAUCAGCAAACACUUGGGGCUAUUUAAUUAAACCAGGAACAGAUUGGUUAACAGAUUGGUUAUCAGAGCCCCAGGCUAGGCGGGCUGACCUGGGCUUGCUGCAGUCAGGCUCACCUGGCCACUGGCCAGAGCUCUGGAACUCACAGAAGCACAGGACUCAUUUCCUCUCCCCCUUAGCUGAAACAAGAAGGGCCUGCUACUGGCUCCCAGCACAUCUGUCAGCCAGCACUGUGCUCUGCCCACAUUGGCUGUGACUGCAGCUCCUGUCACAUAAGAGCAACUCAGGGAGGAUCACAGCCUCCUCAGCCCCUGUCCUUGUUGCACACGUAUCUCCUACAAAGGCAGUUCAAAGAAACCUCAAAACUGCUCUCUCUGCCUUCCCCUUGACCCCACAAGCUUUGGGGCAAUGGAGUAGACAUUCUCCUGAUGUGCAAUGGCAGAUUUGGCCAAUGCCCUGUCUAGUCCGGUCUCCUGUUCUCACAGUGCUCAACUGUGUGCUGUGUGAAGGACUUAUCUGUCCAGAAUCUUCCGACAUUCCACUUCUAUGAAUAGGAAUAACUUCCUGUUAUGAGAGAGGGAGAAAACUUUGUGGGCAGAUCCUAUUUUGGAUUCAGACUUCCACAGGGACAAUUCUAGAACUGGAGGGGUCUUUGUAGAAGAAGGAGGAGGAGGAGGAGGAGUUUGGAUUUGAUAUCCCUCUUUAUCACUACCCAAAGGAGUCUCAAAGCGACUAACAUUCUCCUUUCCCUUCCUCCCCCACAACAAACACUCUGUGAGGUGAGUGGGGCUGAGAGACUUCAGAGAAGUGUCACCCAGCAGUUGCAUGUGGAGGAGCAGGAACGCGAACCCGGUUCCCCGGAUUACAAGUCCACCACUCUUAACCACUACGCCACACCACCCCCCUCAGUUGAUGAUCCAACUGCAGAACAAGAACCUUCCCGAACCCUGGCUCUCUGGCCUGGGCUUGUGGAGUUCCAGCAAGGGAGAGUCCACCCUCCAUCUCAGUUCUUUCUCAGGUCAGGGUCAAAUUGCUCUUUUCAUCCUCCAAACGACCUCUUGACUUUAUUUGCUUGCGCAAAGCUGGCACAGUGGUUGGACUCAGCCCGGUCUUUACUGAGUGUUCCCUCUAAUUUGUUUAUGGGGCGGUUACACAACAAAACAAAUCCUUAAUCCUGGUUUGCAGGCUUCCAUCAAUCACCCCACACUUUUCAACAUAUUUACCCACCAUUUAAAUUACUGCAAAAAGUCCUCUUUUCUCUUUUUUUAAAGUGAACGUUGUGCCAGGGAGGCAAAGCACUCAGAUCCGCCUUAAUAGCACCAACCUAAAGCUCUUGUCUGCUCUUGAAUCCCUCCUGCAAAAUAGUCACACAGCCUAGAGGCCCCCGAUGCGUCUUCUGCUGCCCUUCUGAGAUCUAUCCUGCAACUCAAGCCCACUUUAUUUUGCCCAAAGGGCACAUUUCCCCCCUCUUCCAUGGAUCAGGUAUCCCUACCUCCUGCUCCCCAGCCUCCCACAGUCUCCUUCCUUGGAGGUUUCUAAGCAGAGCUUGGAUGGCCAUCUGUCAAGGAUUCUUUAGCUGCAAUUCCUACUUCACAAGGGGUUGGACUAGAUGACCUUUGGGGGUCCCUUCCAACCAUCCUAUGAUUCUAUUAAAUAUGCUCCAGUUCCUUCAACCUUCCCUCACAGGACUGGUUUUCCAUCUUCAUUGCGCUUCUCUAAAGCUCUUUGUUGGCGUCCUUCAAGCGUGGUGUCCAGAGCUGGACCCAGGAGUCCAGAUGAGGCUGCUCUAUUGCAGAACAAGAGCUGAACUCUCUCCCCUUGACUUGGAAGCAGUCUUUCCAUGGAGGCAGCCUAAAGAGGCCUUGGCCUUUCCUCCAGGGCUGACCCUGGCUGAGAAUGACGUUCUUUUUGGAGUGACGUCUGGGAUUUCGCUGAGAGCCACCCCCUCACCCCCCUUCCAAGUGCCAAAAGCCAAAUGUCACCCGACUGGCGCAUCCCUGACUUUCCUUCUGCUCUACUUGGCUCUUCGCUCUCUUGUUUGCAAUUUGCGUUUUUAUCCCAAGGCCUGUCUGUCACCAGACCUCUCAGGUUCUGUUUGUGAGGACCAGAAAUCAGGUGAGCAAAUAAGUUUUGCCUGACGACAUGCACCUGACCUUCAAGGCAGGCCCUGCUCCUUCUGUUUUCAAGAAAGGUGAAAGAAAACUCCUUUGGCCAAAGGCCAUCAAGAUAGCAGUUGACAUAUCUUUUUAGCCCUUUAGGAUGUUUUGAUGGGGCAGGUGUUGCUUGUAGCUCAGGGAGCUUGGUGGGAGAGGGUGGGGUUGCCUUCUGCUGCAGUGUGUGGCUUGGGUCUUUGGCUUGGGCGUUUUUGAGAGCUCCCCCCACCCUCCUCAACUGGUGCCUUGAUAAUAUGAUGCAGAGUAAGGUGGUGGCUGCUGGCUCUGAUCAUUUACAAUCAGCUUUUUUGGCACUGAUAAAUACAGACAGGGGACAGAGGAAUUAGCAGUGAUUGAUUGAUUGAUUGAUUGAUUGCAUUUAUGCCCCACCUUCUUUCCUCCAAAGAGCUCAAGGUGGCAUACAUAGUUCCAGUGCUUUUAUUCUGGCGGGACGCAGGGGUAUGCAUACUCCUAAACAUUUUGUGAAUCUUUGUACUUUUGUGCAUUUACUGUAUUUAUUUUUCCCAAUUCAAACUAUAAAAUGAUGGUUUUCUUGAGACAAAAUGAGAGUACCCUUAAACAUUAUUUUUUUUAGAAAAAAGCACUGCAUAGUUCUCUUCCCCCACAUUUUAUCCUCACAAUAACCCUAUGAGGUAGGUCAGGCUGAGAGGCAGUGACUGGCCCAAGGUCACCUCGUGAGCUUCAUGGCCGAGUGGGGAUUUGAACCCUGGUCUCCCAGGUCUUGGUCCAGCAUUCUAACCACUACACUACACGGACCCCCAGUGCAGGAGUGGAAGACCCAGGCUCAAAUCCCGCUUCUUUAUAGGAGGUCAACCUGAUCUCUCAGCCUUUAUUUGUCUGGACAGACAGGAGAGGGCAUUUUGGACAUUGAAAGGUUUGAUGCAAAAAAUAGCAAGUUUUUGUUUCUGUUGACUGUGGCAGAGUGGUCCCCAAAAUGGGUGGAACUGCCUUGGGGGGGGCACUAAGUGCGAAAAGGUGCAGCGGAGGGGGGGACUGGAGGUUUAAAUGGCUAUCAUGCUCUGAAAACUUUGAUAUCGCUGAAUCAAGUUCAUCAAUGUUGUUGAAUGAAUUAAACUAGUUUUAAUUGCAUGUUGAAUAAACACACAAUUAAUUGCGACUGUUUUAAACUGUAUUGGGUUAUUAUCUCCCUUACUGGGUCAUGCAAACCACUAUUUUGAAUAAUGCUUUAUUUAGGGUGGAGGGGACCGGAGAGGAGUUUAGGGAACCAAGGGGGUGAGACCCCCGCCCAAAAAAAUGUUUGGAGACCACUGGUGUAUUAGAGGGUCCCUCCCCAGAAGGUUUUUGUUUUGUUUUUUUGCAAGCCGAGUGAACUGCUCCCUUCCCAAAUGUGCGCCCCUCUCCCCCUUUUCUCACCUGGGCUUCCUUCUGCAGGAACUUCACCCACCUCUACCACCCAGACCACGGCAACUGCUACAUCUUCAACUGGGGCGUGGAGAAGAAGCCGCUCAUCUCUUCCAAUCCUGGUGCAGAGUUUGGUAGGUAGUGCAGAAGAGGUGAAGGAGCAGCCCUGACAUCUGGCUUUGCUUUUCCCCUCCAAAUCUGAAUGUCCUUGCAGGUUCCUCUGGGUAGGAAGGGGGGGCCCUCUGGAGUCUUAGGGUGCCAUUGUGAAAAGGGGCCUGAUUCCCAGGCCUCCAGGUGGAGGGAGUGAUGGGGAAAGCACCUGCUGUUUAGCUGGGCAUUCCUAAUCUGUUCUAGGACCCAAAGGUCAAGCCAGGCCCAGUCUCCUGGCUCUCUAAUAAUAAUAAUAUUAAUAAUAAUAAUAAUAAUACUUUAUUAUUUAUACCCCACCCAUCUGGCUGGGCUUUCCCAGCAACUCUGGGCGGCUUCCAACCAAAUAUUAAAAUACAGUGAUGCAUCAAACAUUAAAAGCUUCCCUAAACAGGGCUGCCCCCAGAUGUCUUCUAAAAGUCUGGUAGUUGUUGUUCUCUUUGACAUCUGGAGGGAGGGCAUUCCACAGGGUGGGUGCCACUACCAAGAAGGCCUUCUGCCUGGUUCCCUGUAACUUUCCCAACCCUGUGACCUUUUCACUGGAGAUGCCCAGCAGAGGCUUGAACUAAUGCUCUGCCCCGAAGCCAUGCAGUCCUGCAAGGCCUGUGCAUGGCAGGCAACCAGCCACCCGCAACAGCAGGGCCGGCUUAAGACAUUUUGUCCCUGGAGGCAGAAGAGCCAAGGGAGCCUCCCUCCCAGCAUGAAAGCAUGUCCAAGUUAUUUUGCCGCCUGAGGCCCUGAUGGCUCUCUUUUUUCCUGCCUGAGUCAGCCACCUCCCUCUGCCUAAUGGCAGAGCCGGCUUUGCUCCCUAGACUGCAAGAGACCACAGAGUCCUCCCCAGACCAGGCCAGACAGAGCCAAGCCCUCUCCUCUCCAAAGGUGCCUGUUGCAGCGAGAAUUAAGCUCAGGUGGGGACUUUGUGUCUCUCUUUGUGCCCACCCCCCACUGCCGAUUCCAGCCCCCGCGCUGCUUGCUGACGACUGGUCUUUGCUCCCUUUGCCCAGGGCUGAAGCUGAUCCUGGACAUCAGCCAAGACGACUACAUCCCCUACCUCACCUCGACGGCCGGGUCCUGGCUGAUGCUGCAUGAGCAGAAGACCUUCCCUUUCCUGAAGGAUCAGGGCAUCUAUGCCAUGGCUGGGACAGAGACCUCCAUUGGCGUCUUGGUGGUAGGUGCCUGGCAUGUCCCAACUGUUCGCAGAACUUGGGGCGGGGACGGGAGUGGCUGAGACUCCCUUGGGUCCAGCCAACUUGCUUGGUCCAGCCAGUAGGGAGGUGGGUCUCUGCUUUAGGAAGACUCAAACGCCAAGCCUUCCUUGGCCGAAACUCCUCCCCACCCUGAAGCCAAACUUUAUCCAGCAAGACAGAAAAUCAGGGUGCCUGUUUCAGUACACCUAAAAUCCAGUUUCACCAAGAGUCGGGCCAAUAGGGAGUGUCUUUCCUUCUUGCUGUCCUGCAAUACCAGUUCCUGGGAACCACGGGCAGGUGCAGAAGGUUCUUGUGUUCAGAUCCUGCUUGCAGGUUUCCCAUUAAGGUAUCUGGUUGGCCAGUGUGAGAACAGGAGGCUGGACUAGGUUGGGCCCAUUUGGCCUAAUGCAAAAGCAGGUCUCUCCUCCUGCUCUUAUGGCACUGUCCUCUGUCGGAGGCAGUACGCCUCUGAAUACCAGUUUCCGGGAAUCCCAGGUGGGCUGAAUGUUGUUGCUUGCACAGGAGGCUGGAUUAGAUGGUCCCCUUUGGCCUGGCUUUUCUGAUGUUCCUACUUUGCUUGCAAGGCUCCGUACACAUGGUCUUGUUUAUUCUGCAUCAAGCAUGCUCCCACAACUGGUUUGGGAAGAGGCGUACAUGUGACAUUAGCCAAUCCAUACCUAUCCUGCUGUUUCUUAUAAAAUUCUGCAUUAUGGUGCACUUCCCCACAAAACCAGCUUUGAUCUUAAUUGAGAAAAGUACGAUCUCACUAUGUUUUCAGUCCGGGAAGUGUACACAGCCUAAGACUUCAGGAAAAUAUACAGAUGUUUCUGUUGUCUUCUUAAUACGUUGACGCAACAAAACAGAGACUUUUGCAUGCAGGGAGCAAAUUCCCCUUCCUCUCUUCAUUUCAGGGCAGUGUCACUGCCUUUCAGGGAUCUGGUGCUUCUUUUAUGGGGUGGCAGGAGAACUGAGAGCAAGAAGCAACUGUUUGGGGAUCCCGCCUGCCCUUAAGAUUUCUUUCUUUCUUUCUUUCUUUCUUUCUUUCUUUCUUUCUUUCUUUCUUUCUUUCUUUCUAGGAUGAACUUGUGCGGAUGGGAGCUCCUUACAGCGACUGCACAGUGAAUGGGUCAGACAUCCCUAUAAAGAAUCUGUAUCAAGACUAUCCUACUUACCAGGUGAUGAUUUCUCCACUGCACUCCCAAUUAUUAAUUUAGUAUUAAUUUAUCUUCGUCAUCAUCAAGCCCUCCACCCUAAGGUCCCAGAGUCGGUUACAACAAUUAAAACACAGUUUAAAAGAGUGGUUCCCAAUGUGUGCUGCCCCCUGUGGGGCUGCAGGAUUACCUAAGGGGCUGCUCGGAGGCAAGGGGGCAGUGGGGGGGUGCUGCAGGUGUGAAUGACUAUCAGACUCUGAAAAGCUAGUAUCACAGGAUCAAGUCUGUCAGUUUUGUUAAUGAAGCUAAAUAUUUUAAACUGGAUUUUGAAUAAAUGGGCAGUUAAUGGUGACUGUUUUGAAUUGUGUUGGGUUAUUGUCUUCCUGCAAACCGCUAUUCUGAAUAAUGCUUUUUAUAGGGUAGAGAACAAUGGGGAUGACUUUAUGGAACCAAGGGAGCAGUAGCCCAAAUGAUCUGGGAACCACUGGUCUAAAACAACUCAGAGAAGGGAAACACCUUUCAGUGCCUGCUCUUGAUUUUAAGUCACCCUGAGAUCAGAUGUCUUUCUCAGGGCAGUUGGGUCCCAAAAUUCAAGACUUUUUCUUAGGUGAGUUUGGAGGCCAGGAAUCAUCUUAGGAACCUGCAGAUUUUAUAUAUAUAUAUAUAUAUAUAUAUAUAUAUAUAUAUAUAUAUAUAUAUAUUUAUAUAUAUAUAUAUAUAUAUAUAUAUAUAUAUAUAUAUAUAUAUAUCAGCAAAAACGAACAAAUGGGAUGUCCUAGAGCAUGUGCAGAGUGCCUUUCCCUCUUCCCUCUGCCUUGUGUUGGGGGUUGUGGGGCAUUUUUGCCUCCUGGCCAAAGUAGCUCCCAAGCAUGCGGGGUGGUUUUGUUUGUUUGUUUGGAAGUAACCCAUAGCUGUGAUUCCCGCAUUGCAGUGGUUGGAAUAAAUGCCCUUCCAACUUUACAAUUGUGUGAUUUCCCUGAUGAGCAGAGGUUACCUCUGCAGAGCAGAGAGGGUGGCUUGAGUGGUGGGGACUCUCCUUUGCUGGAGGCCUCUGCUCCUGCCACGCAUAUUGCUGCUGCUGCUGCUGCUUCUUUCUGCAAAGCAAGUCGAAGGGCAAGUUUCCCAGCAUUCCUCCCCUCUUGCACAAAAUCCCAACAACUGUAAACUGAAAAGCCAAAGUGUUUCAGCCAAGGGGCAGGAGGCUGGGGAGGGAGCAGCUGGCUGCCUCCUCCUUUCCCAAGUCCCUAAGUACGUCUCCUCUGCUCUAAAUGUGUCUCUGAGAAGGAAAGGCUGACGGUCGCCUCCUUACUUCGACUCCUGCUCAUGUAAACUGUUUUCAUGUAAACAAUGGCAGACAAGCCCUCUAAACAUGGAAGGCGCAAGGUGUUUGGUUUCUUCCAUAGCCAAAGGCAACUUGCCUUACUCUGCCUUGGCCGCUCUGCUUCCUGGGAGGGGAAAUCACCACUCAUGUUGUAAAGAUCGUCAACAGGUUUAAAAGCUCAGUAAAGUCUAUAGUGGAAGAACAGCUGGUAAAUAAUACCUGUCUGAUGUGUGCCAAGAGGCGAGAACUUCAGAAGCGCGGAUCAACUAUUAACUAGGAACAUAGGAAGUAAAUGCUCUACUACCACUGAGCGACGGUCCUUCCCUUAAAAACAACACAAGGUUCCAGUCCUCUUUGUUUCUGAAUCAAGGGCUGAUUUAAACCGGGACAUAGGAAGACACCUGGUCCAUCUAGCUCAGUAUUGUCUACACUGACGGCCAGCAGAUCUCCAGUGCUUCAGGCAGGGGGACAUUUCUAUUCCUAUCUGGAAAUGCCAUUUGGGAUUGAACUGGAUGUUCUGCCAUUGAGUUAAGCUGCCCUCUGGAUGUUUUGCAUUACAACCCUUCUCAUCCGCCCCAGCCACCAGUGACUUUGUUUCCAUACAGCCGGCUGUGGCUGAUGUCCAAAACAUCUGGGCAACACCAGGCUGCAAAAGGAUGGACUAGGGAAUGUAGGGACAUUAUAAAAUCUUGGGGGAACUUCAGUCCCAAAUCCAAUAUGCACUUUUUUGCCCAUUCCAGGCUUAGGAUGAGUCAGGUUUUUAGACUGAAUGGAGCCUCCUAGUCUGCAGAAGAACCUCUCUUGCCAAGAUGAGGGAGUAGGGAGCUGGGUCACAACCACUUCUAAGUCCUAUGAUGGGAUGUUGGGUGGAUUCAGAUAAACGGAGCUUCCCCAGUGCUUGGGGGCAGGGUUGGUUGGGCUUUCCCCCUGAUCCCUCCACUAGGAAUUGAGUGGAAUCAGCUUAUCUGGUCGUCGGUCAGGGGUUCUUGAGGAUUGCAAGGGGUUGGACUAGAAGACCCUUGGAGUCCCUUUCAGCUCUGCAAUUCUACAAUCCUAGGAUCUGGUCUCAGCAGGAGGAGAUACAGUGGAAACCUAACUCGCCUAGGUUGCCCUUUUCCUCAGGGACAGGUAGCUGGGGCAAGGGGCAAGGAGGAUUUCCUGACCCAACAAAUCCAGAAAGGUUUUACUUCUCCCCUCCUCCUCCUCCCUGCAGGAGGAAACAGUGCCGACUGAGCCCUGCUCCAACUGCACCAUGGAAGACCGCAAGGAAAGCUCCACAGGAGGGGUCUACAGGACAACCUACUCCAUCCAGGUAAGUAAUACAGGCCAUGUUCUGUUCCCCCUCGACCAUCCAGUCAAGCAAGUUUGUCCCAAGUUGUGUCUCCUUGGCAACUUUUGAUGCAGUUUCAAGAGGGUCCGAUAGUGGUGGGUUGCUGAGGUCACGGUUGGGCCUGACCCAAGGUUUGAUUUACCAGUUGCAGCACUCCAAGCCACUCCUGGCUAGAAAUACAGGUGAUGUCCUUUCUCAGUUGGUCUCCCUCCUCACAUGGGGGAUGGAGGCUGAGAAGAGACUUAACCCAAGGUCCCCUCUUGGAGGGAUAGCUCAAUCGGUAGAGCAUAAGGCUCUUAAUCUCAGGGUUGUGGGUUUGAGCCCCACAUUGGGCAAAAGAUUUCUGCAUUACAGGGGGAUUGGACCAGAUGACCCUCGUGGUCCCUUCCAACUCUACCAUUCUGUGAUUCCAAGUCCUCUUGGGAAUUCGCUGGCUCUAAGCAGGGUCUUCUCUUCCUCCAGGCUUGCCUACGUUCCUGCUUCCAAGCUUGGAUGGUGAAGGACUGCAACUGCUGCCACUACUCCUUCCCUAGGGUCCAAGGGAAGCCUUACUGCAACAAUAAGGAGUUUCCAGACUGGGGUGAGAAUGGACACGGAAAGGACACGGGGGGUGCUCCCCUUCUUGGGGAAAGUGUGUUUGCUCUGCAAACACUGCCCAAGCAGUCCAGCUUCCUUGUUUAGUUACAGCUAUUUGGUUUAUUUAGUGGGUGUUGGAUAUUGUGUGUGUUCCACCUGUGUAAAUGGGUCAUUGACCAUGAUGGAUUAGUCAAGCAAUGAAGGGACACUGGGAGCCCGCGCAAUGCCUUGAAAGGGCCAGGAAUUAAAACUCAUGCAUCUGUUUUUGUUUUGAAUGUCUUUCCAUCAUUUGGGGUUUUUUUAAAAGUGAAGUGUCAAAGCUUGCAAUUUUAGAUUCAACUUGUGAAGAUAUCUGUUUUGUUUUAUUUCAUAGAGUCUAUAUACACCACUUGAUAGUAAAAACACAACAAUCCACCUCAAAGUGGUUUACACAAAAAAAGCAUUAAAAGUGUAAAUCAACAACAAUAAUUUAAAUGUUUGAAAAGUUUAAAUAACAAUAUAUUAAAGACAGAUUUAAACAAUUAUGUUUUCGGCAGGUGUGCAGUGAAGGUGCCUGCCUGAUAUCAAUAGGCAGGGAGUGCUGCCACACCAUAAGGUCAAGUUCUUAUGAAUGUGGGACGGGUUGCCAGAGCAGUGUGGACCUUCAGUUCCGCUCCGGACAACAGCAGCUUGACUUGGGGUGAGGGCAGUGCCGGAUUUACGUAUAAGCUAAACAAGCUAUAGCUUAGGGGCCCCUCUCUCUUGGGGGCCCCCAAAAAAUUUAAAGGGAAAAAACCUGGAUGUACAUUUCCAAAAUAUAAGAUAAAAAACAAAUAAAAUAUAACCUACAUACAGCAACAGUGUUUCUGAAUGGCUUUAGAUACCUAUUAGGUCCAUAAAUUACUAUAUAGCAUAUAUUCAACACAAAAAACAGGGAUGAUUUGUUGUUGACAAAGGACAGCUGGACCCAUUACCUUCAGCAGCUUAGGGCCUCAUCAGACCUAAAUCCAGCCCUGAGUGAGGGAAGCAGGCAUCACAGGAACAAUCCUCCCCCCUUUGACACUUCCACGAGCUUUUAAGCCCCGCAAAUUCAGCAGGCAGAAAACAACUCCACUCAAGUUCCUGAAAGCAAAGACUGUGCUUUGUUUGAACUCUGCAGCAUAUUGCUUCUCUGAGCUGCGCAACCAACUGGAGAUCCGUCAGACCUGCAUCAAGUCUUGCAAGGAGACCUGCAAGUAAGUACAGGUGGCAUCCCACCAAGUUCCCGAGGCACAGAAGUCCUGCUCUCCUUCUUGCACUGACCCCUGGGCCUCUCCAGUGGGGCAGCUGGAAUAACCCAGCUGGGCUUUGCUGUGCAAAGAGACGGGGAAGGGGGGACAGGGAAUGACAACUCUCUCUCCUUCCUUUUUUGACAGCAACACCCAGUACAAGAUGACUAUCUCCAUGGCUGACUGGCCUUCUGAAGCUUCUGAGGUGGGUCUCCCGGAGAUGCUUUUGGGGAAAUCUUUUGUCUUCUGGAUGUUCUGAAGAUCUACCCACAUGGAGUUGGGUAGAUGCUAAGGUGGUUGGGGCUUUUAAAGCAGCUCAGUCCCAGAUUCGGGUGCGUAAGAUUAAAUUUAUUUAAAAAACACAAAGAGAAGUGGCUCGAUUUAAAAGGGAUGAAAUUCAUCCAAUAGGGAAUAUUAAAAAUAAAAAAAUAAGCUCCUGUUUUAAGAACAAAAUAGCCUGCUGGAUCAGAUCAAAGGGGUCCCAUCUAGUUCAGCUCCCUGCUUUCACAGCGACUAACCAGAUGCCCCCAUUGGGAAGCCUGCAAGCAUUCUCCCCUCGUGUAGGUUUCCAGCAACUGGCAUUCAGUAGCAUUGCUGCCUUCAUCCAUGGAGGUAGAGCAUAGCCAUUGUGGCAAAUAGCCAUUGAUAGCCCUCUUCUCCAUGAAUUUGUUUAAUCUUGUUUUAAAGUCAUCUAGGUUGGUGAAUAUGACUGCCUCCUGUGGGAGGGAGUUCCAUAGUUUAACUGCGUGGAGAAGUACUUUCUUUUAUUUGCCCUGAAUGGAUAAAAGUGCUUUAUGUUUCUAAAAAUGUACCCACGUCAGAAAGGCAAUCAAUUAAUUCAUUUACAUUUAUUCAUUUGCAAGGCACCUGACGUUGCAUGUACAAGUAAGGAAAAGGGGGGGGACGGACGUCCUGCACACAGAUGGCAGUCAGAGCAUCCCUCCUUCCAGAAACCUUAUUUUGUUUCUUCUUUCUAGAACUGGAUAUUCCAUAUUUUAUCCUAUGAAAGAAAUAAGUCACGCGAUAUCACUGUGGACAGGUGAGUAAAAGCCAGCUGCUCCAUGAGCCACAAGGAGCGGGUGGGGAGACACAAGGAGGAGGGCUGGGGGGGGGGGUUAGACAGGGAGAUGCAGAAGAAGGGAAGGUAAAGGUAAAGGGACCCCUGACCAUUAGGUACAGUCGUGGCCGACUCUGGGGUUGCAGUGCUCAUCUCGCUUUAUUGGCAGAGGGAGCCGGCGUACAGUUUCCAUGUCAUGUGGCCAGCAUGACUAAGCCACUUCUGGUGAACCAGAGCAGUGCACGGAGCGGUACCUAUUUAUCUACUUGCACUUUGACGUGCUUUCGAACUGCUAGGUUGGCAGGAGCAGGGACCAGGCAACGGGAGCUUACCCCGUCACGGGGAUUCGAACCGCCGACCUUCUGAUCGACAAGCCCUAGGCUCUGUGGUUUAACCCACAGCGCCAUCCGCGUCAGAAGAAGGGAAGGCAGCUACUUAAGCUGGCAGCCUGGGGCUUGAAAGACAGUGUGGUGCAGUGGUUAGAGUGCCAGACGAGGACCUGGGUUUGGAUCCCCACUCAGCCCUGUAUGGGGCAGCUGCUGCCUCUCAGUGGAACCUACCUCACAGGGUUGUUGCAGGGAUUCAGUGAGAAGGGGGAAAGAAGCAUGUACACCACCUUGAACCCCUUGGAGAAAAGGGUGGGCUAUGAGUGCAGUAAAAAUCAAUAUGUGGUAGAGGCACGGUUGGCUCCAGGGCUUGGAGGGGCCUGAGGCAAGAACUCAUCCAGCCCUUGCCCCCCUCCCUGGCUGCUCCUCAUCCCUGCCAUCUAACCGCUUGCCAGGCAGAGAGCAAGCAGAGAUCCAUCAGGCUGCGGCCUCUCCCCAACACCUCCAGGAUCAAGCAAGUGGGGAGGAGGGGGAGGGAGCCCUCAGCAGAUUCCGAACCACACCAGCCCGUAGAGCCAAGGUAUGUAGGAUGAAGGCCCCUUCUCCAGGGAAGUUUUUGUGAUGCUCAGCUGCUGAGGGCCAAGCCCAGGGUGCUGUGCUCUCCCUGCUCCCAUCAGGCCUUCUUGGGAUAGUUGCUGCUCCUUAUGCAUGGCUCCUCUUUUUUGCGUCUGCUCUGGCCACAGAGCACAGGUGAGAACCUCCAAAGCCUCCUCUGGCUUCUGAGACUCGCCCAGCCUAGCUGCUCUCCCUGCUUUCUGAGGCCCCAGGAGGUGCCAAUCUUCCAGGCCCAGAACCCACUUUGGAAAGCUCUUGUGGCAAAGGCAGGCCCAGGAGGAAUGCGCUUCAGCCAGCCCCAGCUGUUCCAGGCGGUGCAUGGUCCCUUGCAGCAGCUGCCGCCGCCAUAUUGCAAGCCUUUUACCUCCACUGAUUGCGAAAUUGCAGCUCUGCAAAGUGUCUCAGCCUUCUCCCGCAAACUGCAACCAGUUUGAUCUUGGCAGCUCCGGAGCAGCCGGAAGUUGGGCAAAUGGCCCCAGGUUUAUAGGCACACUUUGCAGCUGCAGCGGCUGCCACAGCCUUGUUUGCUGAGCCUUCCUGUGUGCCACGUACACCAGAGCCACCAAGUGAGAGUGGGGUGCCUGUGGCGUGGAGAAAAUGGAUAGGGGAAAGUUUUUUUUCCCUCUCUGCUAAUGCUCAGAAGUCCAGUGAAGCUGGGAGAUUCAGGACAGAUGUAGGAAAGUAUUUCUUUGCACAGCACAGAGAAACUGUGGAACUCCCUGCCACAGGAGGCGGUGAUGACCACCAACUUCAGGGCAGGAGCCUAUAGGAAGGGAAGGGCAGGAUCUCAGGCAGCAGCUUAUCAGGCCUGGUGAAUGAAUGUUUGAUGAACAUUCUCCUCUCGCUUCCUGCAGGAGUGGGAUCAUCAAGCUCAACAUCUAUUUCCAAGAGUACAACUACCGAACCAUUGUGGAGACAGCAGGGACAACUGUAAGUGGGCUGGGUCCAGAUCCCCUUGCUCAGCCUAUUCUAUGAAGCACAGGGUGGGGGGUUGUAUAAUAGUAAUGCGGGAUGUGUUUUAAGCCCCGCCCUCUGCACUGGAAAUGCAUUUCCCUUCUCUCAGGUGCCUCCUGGUUUGGCUUUUGUUUCUGAGUUGUCACAGAAACUGUCUCAGGGAUGCUAUUAUUUCACAUGUUGCAAAGGGUGAGUUGUGGCCUCUGGGAAAAUACUGAUUUGGUGUUAAAGAAUGGGAGCCGUCUGUGAGCAGGAGAGCUCUCCAGGACUAUGAUGAGAUGGGAAAGACCUCAGAGCUCAUUCCAACUUUGGAAUAAAGACAAGCGUAAACUGUUCACUCUUCAGCUUUUGAAUCUCCAGCACUCCCCCCGAUAGUUUAUUUAAAAGCUGAAGUCUUGUUAGUUUCCCCUCUGAAAUUGGUUGUGUCCUUGGCUGGGAAUACAGUGGUACCUCGGGUUACAUACGCUUCAGGUUACAUAUGCUUCAGGUUACAGACUCCACUAACCCAGAAAUAUUACCUCGGGUUAAGAACUUUGCUUCAGGAUGAGAACAGAAAUUGUGUGGCGGUGGUGCAGCGGCAGCAGGAGGCCCCAUUAGCUAAAGUGGUGCUUCAGGUUAAGAACAGUUUCAGGUUAAGAACGGACCUCCAGAAUGAAUUAAGUACAUAACCCGAGGUACCACUGUACUACAAUACAGUCAUACCUUGGUUGUCGAACGGAAUCCGUUCUGGAAGUCCAUUCAACUUCUGAAAAUGUCUGACAACCAAGGUGCGGCUUCCGAUUGGCUGCAGGAGCUUUCUGCACACAACUAGAAGGCACAGAAGCCACACUGGACGCUCGGCUUCCAAAGAACGUUCACAAACCAGAACACUCACUUCCGGGUUUGCGGCGUUCGGAAGCCAAAACAUUUGACUCACCAGGCAUUCGGGAUCCAAGGCAUGAUUGCAAAAUAAGGAUUUUUGUGAUAAAAGUCCAGUGAGGACAACUUGGAUACAAAGCCUAUUCCAUCCACUGGACUUGUUCCACUGGAAGGCCAUCCUCAAAGCAAACAGUUUCCCCCCUGGGGUCAGGACCCCCCUUACCUCCCCCUGCUCCAUGCGUCUUCUCAACCUGUGAUUCUUCCCAUUGCAGGUUGUCUGGCUUCUCUCAAGCCUGGGUGGCCAGUUUGGCUUCUGGAUGGGAGGCUCUGUGCUGUGCAUCAUUGAGUUUGGAGAGAUCCUCAUCGACUUUGUCUGGAUCACUGUCCUGAAGCUGAUUGGCUGGUUCAAGGGGCUGAGGAGAAAGCAGAGCCAGCCCCCGAAGCAGGACGCUCUGCCCACCGUGUCCAAGAGAGUGGAGGCUCACACCAACCUGGGCUUCCAAGGGGGGGAGGAAGGGGAGGAGGGAGCCAAUGGCAAUCCUGGGGACAACGACUUGGCCGCAGAUGGUGAGGCUGGGUCUGAACCAGGAACGCCACCUCCCCAGUACGACUCCCUCCGCGUAUCAGCCAUGGAUGUCAUGGAGAUGGAUAGCGAUGGGGAAGUAGAUCCGACUAAAGCUUAACGCCCAGCCGACGUGGAAGGGGAGCCAAGAAAUCCCACUCUGUCCUCCAAAGGAGCUUCGUAGACUUUCAGAAUGGAAGGGACCUCAAGGGUCUUCUAGUCCAUGCAGGAAUGCCCACCCAGACAGCCUGCUCCUUCUCCCUCAGCUCCUUGCAGCGUGGGACAUUUAGGGAUUCAAGAGUGGCUGCUAAUGCAAAGCCCUUUCUCCUUGGGCUCCUGAUUCAGCUUUUGUCCCGAUUGAAUUGCACAGAGGUCAGGGCAUGCCCAGUCUGCUUUGUCUGUCUGUUCUGCUUUGUUUACGGCAAAUGUGCAUUCAUUCUGAUUCACUUGCAUAAUCAAUAGUUCAUCAUUGGUACACUUCUCUGUCACUAUCCUAACUGCCCAAAGUCUGUCUGUGGUGGUGGUCUGCCCCCCCCCAGUGGAUUUGUUGGGUUAGGGUGGCAGAGCACUUUUAAGCACACAGACAUGGACAUUCUGGUCUGUGCUGGACUCCCCCCUGCAAAACACUAACCAGUUGGAGGUCUCCCAUUUUGCUCAUCUGCUUAGUUGGAGCAUCAUACCUGGCUGGAGGAAUGUGCAUGGCUGCAGCUUCUGUGGAACCCUUUAGGGUUGGGCAGAGCCUGAGUUGUGGAAAUGGGGGUUAUAUUGCAAAGCUCCGUCCAGAUGCCUCAGUUAACCCAGCCAGGGCUGACAUUUCAGUGAUGCUGGAACCCUUUUGCUGCCUGCCUGAGCCAGCUGGCCAUGCACCUGACUCUCCUGUACCAAACUUUGGGGUUUUGAAGAUGGUGACACUGCAGGGAGGGGAGGGUGUUUUUGUUUGGAGGGAGAGGGUAAGAGUCCUUUGUAGAAUACCAACUCACCUGUGGUGGAAAACAUUUUAUGAGUUGGACUCUUUGUGGGUGGGGUUUAUUUUAGAUGAAGGGAAGCAGAAGAGGAGUCCACCAUCAACCUGUGCUUGUUAGAGAGCGAUACAAGCAACCUCCCAUUUCCUACAGCUCAGGCCUUUCUGUGGGCUAACAAUAAACGAGACAGACAGAGCAACUGCCUUGCCUGCUUCCUCAAACCUCCUCCUCUUCCCACCCUCUCCUCUACUUGAUGUGAAUUGGAGCAUAGGCUAAUGUGCUCUAGGAAAAGAGGCACAUGACACACCAAUAAAGAUGCUGCUUCCUUUUCGAUCUCUUUGGCAGAAUGCGCCCAGUUUUGGUUGGCAAUCAGGUGGCCUCUUCCUGCACAUGGGAGCCUCUAUGAUGCACCAGCCUCCAGCGAGGAAGGUGGCAUGAUAAUCAAGGGCUUACGCCUUGUGCCAGCCAUACACACUGACACACAUGCACAUGUUUAGUAUAACAUGUAUAAAAUGGAUGAAGGUCUGUGCAACUGGCCUCGUGCCAAUUAGCAGAAGAGCUGGGACAAGGGGAGAAUCACAGAGCUAGAAAAGGUAGACGAGCAUCACAUCAAGCAAUGCUCCCCUGGGCUGAUCGCCUCCUAAAGGGAGCUCAGCAAUACAAGGGGGCAAAAGGGGAGUAAAUAGCCCCCUGGUGGGGAUAUAUAGAUACUGCUCUCUGGCCACCUGACUCCUGCUUUCCUGAACUUCACUCCCCUAAACUUACCUGGGAAAUGGAAGAGAAGGAAGUGGUAGGAGGGGUUCAAAGGAUCAGGCUAUGCGAGAGGCCAAUUGCCUGAAAUGCUCCACAGCCCUCUGCCUCCCACGGACAGCGCCUGCCUCUCCUGUCAUGGCUAUUGACACCUUGCAUUAGACAGAUUCCAGGCCCCAAAAGUCACCUAAACUGGGAAGGGAAGGGGAGAGCUGCUUUUAGGCAACAAAAUAUCUGGGACUGGGCUGUGCAGAGAUGAUGGGAAGGUGAUAGCUUCAGGGUGUUGGGGGGAGAGAGACCUUCCUUCAGCCAAGCAACCAGCCAAGGCGCCAGCUCCUUCCUCCCACCCCCACUGACCAUACCGGAGGACAAAAAAGAGCCCCCAAGCUGCAGAGACGGACCUGCCCUUUGCAGUAGGCCUAGAGUUGCCUUGUGCAGGAGGAGCCUUGCUGCAGCCUCCCAGAGGCUGGCCCUUCCCAACCCCCCCAGCACUGCUGUUGCAAGUCUCUCCCCCGCCCCGGGUGAAUCGAGAGCUGAGCCACGAACAAGCCCAUAAAAAUGGGCAGGAUGGCAGCGAGGGCAAAGUGAUCCCAGGAACUAGGAGAGGCCACCUGCUGCAGACAGCUGGAUCCGGUCUGUGCAGGCCACUGCUUGGCUCAGGCUGUCCGUCAGAAAGGGGCCAGCCUGACGGACCAGCCCAGGAGGAAUGUCCACAGCCAGCCCAUCCCACUUGGUCACCAGAGCAUAUGGCAAGGCUGCCCUCAAGAGAGGAUGCUGUGCCAGGCAAGCAAGGACUAAGCCUCACAAUCGUCGGCUUGCCUAAGCCAGGCUCCUCCCCCUCUUCCCCAGCCUGUUUUGGCAAGUUGCAGAAAACGGCACCCAAACGCCACGUGCACAAAACUGACACCUGCCACCAGGUGGGCUAGGGGGAGGAGAGGGUGCAGUCCAAGCCUCACAUUGCUCUCCUGCCUGCUCCACUCAAGAUGUGCCCUGAGCCUAGAGAAGAACACCCCUCACCCCAUACACUGCCAGGUUUUUAUUUUUUUGUUACAGAGCCAGAAAGAGGGCCCUUGAAACAGGCAAGCCCCAUCUGCUCACCUGCUUGCAUAACCCACCUGACCAGGCCAGAGUUUGUUAACCCCAGACUUGGGAGGAGAAGGAACAUUUUAGGCGCAAGCUUCACUAAGGUAAAAGGGUAAAGGGGACCCCUGACCUAAAUUAGGUCCAGUUGUGGCCGACUCUGGGGUUGCGGCGCUCAUCUCACUUCACUUUAUUGGCUGAGGGAGCCGGCAUACAGCUUCUGGGUCAUGUGGCCAGUAUGACUAAGCCGCUUCUCGCGAACCGGAGCAGCACACGGAAAUGCUGUUUACCUUCCCGCCGGAGUGGUACCUAUUUAUCUUUGACGUGCUUUCAAACUGCUAGGUGGGCAGGAGAAGGGACCGAGCAGUGGGAGCUCACCCCAUCACAGGGAUUCGAACUGCCCACCUUCUGAUUGGCAAGUCCUAGGCUCUGUGGUUUAACCACAGCGUCACCCGCAUCCCUUCACUAGGCUGCACCAAUUACAAGCAGAUGCAAGUUUUGAAUUUGACAAGAGCUCUGGCAGCUAAAGAAUUAUGUGUGAAAUGCAAAAACCUGUCCGGCUCCUAGAAAAGUCAAGAAAAUAAACUGUUGCUUUCUCUU